AUGUACUCCUGUUUCAAUGGAAAACGUAUUGAAAAUGUGCUGUUACAGAUAUUCAAGCUAAUAGACAUGGCCUCAUCCUUAACCAAUUCCAUUUUUCUAGGGGUGGUGUGGAGUACCAUCCUUCUUUCCUUUGCUACAACCCUGUUAGCCGCAGUAUCUUCACUGGAAUCAGAAGCUGUGGCUCUGCAAGAGAGUGGCUGGUGGAGUAACUAUAGCAACGAUAUUUCACAACGUUGCAAGUGGCACGGUAUUUCAUGCAACAAUGCAGGAAGCAUCACCAAAAUUAACCCAUCUGCUGACUUGAUUCCAGUUGGUGAUAGAUUUGGAAAAUUGAAUUUCUCUUCGUUUCCAAAUCUUGUUCUUCUUGAUCUUAGCCAUCGUAGAAUUGGUGGAACUAUCCCACCUCAGAUAAGUGAUCUAUCCUCAUUGAAGCACUUGGACUUGUCCUAUUGUGAGUUAUCUGGUGAGUUACCUUCUUACCUAGGAAACCUAACCCAAUUAGAGUUUCUUGACAUGUCCCAUAAUGAUAACAUUAAUGGUUCCAUCCCUCCACAACUAGGGAAUUUGAAAAACCUUGUUAGUUUAAAUUUGAGUAGGAAUCAGUUUGCUGGUCCAAUCCCUUCUGCUUUGGGUCAAUUAACCAAUCUCAAAUCUCUGGUUCUUUGGGGCAACAAAAUUAAUGGAUCCAUCCCAUUAGAAAUUGGAUAUCUAACAAAUUUGAUUUAUUUGGAUUUCUAUGGCAACAUGCUUGUUGGUUCAAUACCUAUUACUCUGUAUCAAUUAACCAAUUUGGCAACUCUGUACCUUGGUUAUAACCAACUUGAAGGGUCCAUACCUCCAAAUGUUGAAAACCUAAAGAACCUAAGUACUUUCGACAUCUAUAAUAAUAGAUUCAGAGGUUCGAUUCCUCCAGCUCUGUGGCAUUUGACAAACUUGCUCUCACUUUUCCUUGGAGAAAAUCAAAUCAGUGGUUCAAUCCCUUCUUCUAUUGGUAAUUUAUCAAAAUUGCAAUAUCUGUUCCUCGAUUCAAAUCUUCUAGAAGGUCCUAUACCAAAAGAAAUUGGGAAUUUAGAAGCACUAUAUCAAUUAGACACCUCUGAAAACAAAUUGAGUGGUUCAAUCCCUUCUUCUAUUGGUAAUUUAUCAAAAUUGCAAUAUCUGUUCCUUUAUUCAAAUCUUCUAGAAGGUCCUAUACCAAAAGAAAUUGGGAAUUUAGAAGCACUAUAUCAAUUAGACACCUCUGAAAACAAAUUGAGCGGUUCUAUACCUUCACAAAUUGGGAGUUGCUUAAAUUUGCGGCGGUUGGAUCUAAGCAGCAAUAAUUUAGAGGGGGAGAUCCCUUCUCAAAUAGGCAAGCUUUCAAAGCUAAAAUUUUUAAAUCUCAGCUACAACAAACUCAUAGGUGAAAUUCCUAUCUUGUCUGCCACUACUCUUAAGAGUUUUUGUACCACUAAUGGUUAUAUAACUAUCUAUCCCCAUCCAUUUGAAGGUAACAAGGCUUUAUCACCCUACCCCUGUUUUUCACCAACCAAUCAAACCAAGAGCAGUAGAACUCCUUACUUCACGAAAAUAUUCCUCCCUAUUGCCAUAUUCCUUACUUUUUCUAUUCUAGGGAGUUUGUUUUUGUGGCGGUUCAAGGCCAAGAAGAACCAAUCUGGUUCACAAACAAAAAAAAAUGGGGAUUUGUGCUCAAUAUGGAACUUUGAUGGAAGGAUAGCAUAUGAAGAUAUUAUUGCAGCAACAGAAGAUUUUGAUAUUCGAUACUGCAUUGGAAUUGGGGGUUACGGAAGUGUUUACAAAGCACAACUACCUUGUGGCAGAAUAGUUGCUCUGAAAAAACUCCAUCACCUAGAGGCUGAGGAUCUGGGUUUCGACAAAAGUUUCAGGAAUGAGGUAAAAAUUUUGUCUGAAAUUCGACAUCGAAGUAUUGUGAAGCUUCAUGGAUAUUGUCUACACCGUAGGUGCAUGUUUGUGAUAUAUGAAUACAUGGAAAGAGGAGGCUUGUUCUGCAUCCUAAGUAAUGAUGAUGAAGCUGUGGAGUUGAAUUGGGUAAAAAGGGUUGAGAUCAUCAAAUCGGUUGCUCAUGCCUUGUCUUACUUGCACCAUGAUUGCUUCCCUCCAAUUGUUCAUCGAGACAUUUCAAGUAACAAUAUUCUACUAAACUCAAGCUUGGAGGCUUUUGUUGCUGAUUUUGGAACCGCUAGAAUGCUACAUCUUGAUUCAUCUAAUCUGACUGUUCUUGCCGGUACAAUUGGCUAUUUAGCCCCAGAACUAGCCUACACAAUUGUUGCAACUGAAAAAUGUGAUGUAUAUAGUUUCGGGAUUUUGGCAUUAGAAAUAUUAAUGGGAAAGCAUCCUGGAGAACUUUUGUCAUCAUCAUUGUCAUCGCCAACUUCUUUGCAAAAUAUCAAGCUAAUUGAUGUGUUAGACAAACGCCUACCACCUCCAACAAGCCAACUGGUUGCACAAAAUAUUGUUCACGCUGCUACACUGGCAUUUGCUUGCUUACAUACAAAACCAAAGUCUCGACCAAUGAUGGAACAAGUGUGCAAAGGGUUUCUUUCUUCCCAAAAAUCUUUGGGGAUUCCUCUCCAAAUGAUUACUUUGUUGCAACUUGUGAACCAUCAAGUACUUAUUGGUGGCCAAAGUGGAACUUGUCCCGUUUAA